CUAACUGUUGUUAGCCUUAGCUUAUUGAAACAGCUGCUCGUGUCUAUUGAUGGGUAAAAGUUUUUACGGACCGUUGUUUUGUCUUAUCUCAAAUAAAUAUUUUAUCACUUAAAGAUGAGUUCAGUCCAGAAUCUGAGAGAGUUGAUCAACCAGCGACUAACUGCUGCUGCUGAAGAAAUAUUCACAGAGUUUGAGAAAACCAUCGUCCAGUACGAGGAGGAGAUCGAUCGUCAGCGCAGACUGCUGGAUAACAUCUGGAAACCUGAGAUAAAGUUACACACAACAGACCAUCUGCAGCAGUAUGUCCAGGAGGAGAAUGUUCUUGCUAAGCAGAAUGUCUGCAACCAGGAGAGGAACUCCAGUGUGGACCAGGAGGACCCAGAGCCUCCACAGAUGAAAGAGGAGCAGGAGGAACUGUGCACCAGUCAGGAGGGAGAGCAUCUUGUACUGAUGCAAGAGGCUGAUACACUGGUUCAGCGCAACUCCAAAUGUGAAGAAAUAUCUGGAGAAAUAUUUGGACUUUCUGAUAAACGAUUCAGCCAAUUGGAUGAAGACAUCGAUUAUCGGCGCAGGCAGGUGGAUAUGAUCUGGAAACCACGGAUAAUGUUACACAGAAUUGACCACCAACAUCAAGAUGUCUGUAAAGAGGGGAAUGGUCUCGCUAAUCAGCAGCUCUGUAACAAGGAGAAGAAGUUUCGUUUGGACCGGGAAGAGGCAGAACCUUCAGAGAUAAAAGAGGAAGAGGAGGAACUCUGCACCAGUCAGCAGGGAAAGCAGAUUGUGAUGAAGCAAGCGACUGAUACUUUUCUAUCGACUUCAACUGAUAUGGACAAUGACCUCAGUGAACUAGAACCAAACAGCAACCACCUCCUCUCUUACAAUUCACCAGUAACCGUGACCCCACAUCAGGAGGGAAGCGAGCAUGUAGACUCAUGCUCAACUAGAAUUGCAGCACUGAAGCCAAAGAGUCAUAGCAGUUGCAAUGUAGCCAAGUCUUCAUUGUCAGAACAUCACUGUGAUGUUGGUACAAGUGAAAAAUCUAUAAAAUGUGAUGUUUUUGGAAACAUUUUUAAGUACCAAAUCAAGAAACAUCACCAAAUCCACAAAGGUGUAAAACCAAAUGCUUGCAUUGCAUGCAGAAAAAGUUUUAGUUCAUGGUCUCAGCAGAAAGUCCAUAUGAAAAUUCACACAGGUGAGAAACGGUAUUCUUGUGAAACAUGUGGGAAACGUUUCAGUCAUGGUAGUCAUCUGACUGUCCACAUGAGAACACACACAGGUGAGAGGCCAUAUUCUUGUCAAACGUGUGGGAAAAGUUUCAGUGAACGUGGUAAGCUAACUGUCCACAUGAGAACUCACACAGGUGAGAGGCCAUAUUCUUGUGGAACAUGUGGGAAAAGUUUCAGUUACAGUGGUAGUCUGACUGUCCACAUGAGAGUUCACACAGGUGAGAGGCCGUAUUCUUGUGAAAGAUGUGGGAAAAGUUUCAGUCAAGGCAGUCAUCUGAUUAGUCACAGGAGAACUCACACAGGUGAAAAGCUGUCGUCCUGGAACAACGGUGGGAACAAAGCUUAGUAGAACACGCAUUCAUUAACAUCAUUCAGGGUAAAAGUAGGUCUUGUAGAGUCUCUGAGUUUAUUGCAUGUCAGUCUGAGACAUAUGGAUCUUUAAGAAUCUGCCAACCUGUCCAAUGGAUGCAUGGCGACUUCCAGAAGCACAUUGCAUUUACGAAAGAGACAACUGGAGACGUCAUACUUCUGAGGAACGGCCUAAUAGUUUAUUUCAUUGGUUAUCAGUUUCUGCUGGAGCUGAGUGGAAAGGGAUGAUGUUGCUGAGAUUUAAUGUCGUGAAAAGGAGUUUACACGUCGGCAUAAUUUUUUUAUUUAAUUAUUUUCGUAAUUCUUCAGUUCAUGUGUAUGUAAAUUGGUUGCAAUCCAGUUCAACUUCAGUCUGUAUUUCUGUGGUGGUUCUUUGUUUAAAAAAAAUAAAUUAAACCAGUCUCCAAUGCAGUACAAUGUGGAAGUAACAGACCUGACUGGUUUCAUAUCAGAUAAAGCUUCAGCUUUCUAUAAGACAGUUGAAGUUAAAAAUUCAACUCAUACAGACUUCAGUUUGCUUCCCAACAGUUUGUUCAUAUCAGAUGACUUUGAUGUAACACACUUGAAGCGUUGCUUUGUGAGUGCUGGAAUGAGAAGAUUUUUUAUGUAAUUAUCAAUCAUUAUGUAUUGUACUUUUUCAGGACCUCCACAGAAACAGAUUAUUCAAUUCCCUCAGUUCAUUUUUGUUGGUAGCUUCAGUCUGGUUGGCUGAUAAAAUGUUGAUGAUACAUGGCUUUGUGUGAAGAAUUUUAACCCCAAAAUGAAAUAGUUUCCUGUGGUUGUUUUUUGAAUUCUGUUGUCACUGACAAAUUUUGCUGUCUGUUUUUAAAUGAAACCUUAAACUGUUUGAAACAAAGUCUUA